AUGUCGACAGUAAUACUCGAUGUUGAAUCAGAGACCGAGUUGGUCAAGGAUUUGAGAAAGAGGUACAUCCUUCCUCAUACCAGGGAUGAGAUUGAACGCAUGCAGAAUCAACAUGAAUGGGUCAAGGGAUGCGCAAAGGGCCUCUUGAAAGCACCACUCGAUCAGCAUAAACGCGGACUGCGAGUUCUAGAUUCUGCAACUGCUGACGGCUUCUGGAUGAUGGACCUUGCAGGUAUAUUGCCAAAGGAUGCGGAAUUUGUUGGUUUCGAUAUUGCACCCGAAUUAUUUCCCCCUCCAUCGGAGCUGCUCCCAAACAUGAGUAUGCGUGAGCAGAAUCUCGUUCAACCCUUUCCCCAAGAGUGGAAGGGCUCCUUUGAUCUUGUCCACCAGCGCUUCGUGAUCUCGCUCUUCAAGGAUGACGAGAUCAAGAUCGUCUUCAACAAUUUGCUGUCCUGUCUCAAACCCGGGGGUUGGAUCCAGUUCUGCGAGCCAGAUUUCGGUACACCCGUCUCAGAACCACGAGACAAAACCCUUGCAUUCCAGAUGAUUCACAAGCUCACAGGAGAAGUUAUGGCUGACAAUAUGGCCGCAACCGGGCUAGCCGGUCGAUUGCGAAAAGCUGGACUCAUCAAUGUUGGUGUGCAGAUUGUGGAUAUGGUGGCUGGCAACGCUCAUGAAGAUGCUGAAACUGGUCAAAGGGGUUUUAGAAAUAUGCUAUCGAUUCUGAAAUACUUCCAAUCCGUCACAAAACCAACUACUUUCGGAAUGACAGAGGAAGAAUGGAAACGAUUGCAAGAGGAGUUUGCCAGGAAUAUGAAAGAACAUCGUACAGCUAUCCGCCACUACUUUGUAUGGGGUCAGAAGCCUUUAGAGUAA